AUGCCCACUCUCGCACAAGCUCUCAAACUCAACGCUGCAUUUGCAUCCAAGCACGCUCGCCUCAAACCCACCGCGCUCUUUGUCGGGGGCACCUCUGGCAUCGGACAAGCGCUGGCCCAGCGGCUCGCCCACCACACUCAGGGAAACACCCAUAUCCUCCUCGCAGGGCGCAACGCUGACGCUGCGCGAGUCAGCAUCGAUUCGUUCCCCAAAGUCGCCAACCACCAUCACGAGUUCCUCCCCUGCGACGUGUCGCUCAUGGGCAACGUUCGCUAUGCGUGCUCCACACUGCUUGCGCGGCAGCACACGGACCUUCCCCGCCUCAACUUCCUCGUGCUCUCCCCGGGAUUCUUCACUGUGUUCAGCAACCGUGACCCCACGGACGAGGGCAUCGACAAGAAACUCGCUGUGCUCUACUAUGCACGCUGGCUGUUCAUCCAUUCGCUCCUCCCUCUCCUGCAGAAUGCGGCUGCGGCGGGCGAGCCAGCGCAUGUCUACUCGGUGCUUGGGGCGGGAACGGGCAGCAGCAUUGACUGGGACGAUCUCGGGCUGAAGAAGCGCUAUGGGGCGGUGAAAGCUGCAAUGGUGGCGGCGACGUAUACAGAUUUGGCGAUGCAGAGGUUUGCUGCACAUAAUCGUACCGUUCAGUUCACGCAUGCCUUCCCCGGCCUUGUCCGCACCCCGAUGAUGCUCCCGAAGACGUGGCCACUUAAGCAGUUCGGGCCGCUCAUUUCCAUGGCGUCGAGACCGUUCACGGUGGCUCCAGAGACAUGCGCUGAAUACCACCUUUCUGCGCUCUUCUCUCCAACGGACACGACCGCCAAUUUCGUUCGACGCGGCGCAAAAGGAGACGAUAUCGGGUACGGGCCUGCGGAUGAAGACCACGUGGAGACUUUGUGGGAGCACACUGUCCGUGAAAUUGGGGCCGUGGAGUCUCCGUAA